AUGGCACCUCACAAGGACAAGGAUAAGCAAGAUACCUCUUCGAUUACCGAUGUCAUCGACGAAGGCGCCCCAGGUCCCCCCAUCUCAGUUCCUGAUUCAGGCGACACUGGUGAGGGAGGCAAGCUCAAGAUGAUUGUCCAGCUAGUGAAGAAGUGUCUGGGGGUAAAGGAUAUUGCUUCCAUGCGACUAUCAUUACCAGCGUCGCUGUUAGAACCUAUGCCAAACCUGGAAUUCUCUCAAUACCUCGAUAGACCAGAUGUCUUUGCAGCGAUCAACGAUUAUGACGACCCCUUUGACCGGAUGCUGGCAGUAAUCAGAUGGGCGUUGACGAAGGAUUUGAAGUACAUUCGCGGCAAAGUAUGUAAACCCUACAACUCGGUACUCGGAGAGCACUUUCGUAGUCACUGGGACGUUCCACCGAUCUCUCACCCUGCCUCUGAACCCGAUGAGCCCCCCGUUCCCCAGAUUCAAGUCACCGAACCCAUCUCUGGCACCGAGAAACCCGAAUUCACAAUGCUUGGCGUUUCUGACAGCGCUAGCAUUCGCAGUGGUCACAGCUCGACGAGCUUCGUCGGCAGCUUCAAGUCCAGCAUACUCGGAAAUGACAAGAGCCCAUCCACCGCCGCCACUACCCCCCAACAGGACGGGGUAGACGAUGCCGCUAACAGGGUUUCCGUCCUGAACCUCGGAGAGAAGGUUCGUGUCGUAUACCUGACUGAACAGAUCUCCCAUCACCCACCUAUCUCGGUUUACUAUGGUUCAUGUCCUGAUCGACAUGUGGAGUUGCUGGGGGUUGACCACAUUUCAGCCAGAAUAUCUGGGACAGUAUUGAAAGUAGCCCCUGGAGCGAAGGCCAAGGGCAUGUUUGUACGAAUCACUGGGGGUAAAGGCAAUGGAGAACUCUACCGUAUCACACAUCCGACGGCAAGCAUAAACGGAUUGUUAAGAGGAAGCUUCUACGUGACUGUCUCGGAAAGCAUUAUCAUAACGUGUACUACCGGUCAUGGAGGGAAGCAGUUUAGAACGGUUCUGGAAUACAAGGAGGAAUCUUGGCUCGGGAGGCCACACUUCCUAAUUGAAGGCGUCAUCCAUACCAUAUCGGAAGGCGACACCCAACACGAAGAAUGGACUAAAGUCAAACACGUUCCUCCUUCGCGUGUGGUAGCUAUGCUCGAUGGAUCAUGGCGCGGUCUUAUUAGAUGGAGACGAGUAGGAACUGGAUCGUAUCCAUCUCAUACGAUAUCGGGUGGAGCGCACACUGCAACCAAUUCACCUAAUCCUUCGCAUACAGCUUUACCUUCACCCUCGGACCACAAGGGGGCAUCAAGUAGAACCGAUUUAACGACAGUUGAUUCUGAAUGGUGCACCUUGAUUGAUUUGAAUUCGCUUUGGGUUGUGCCUAAGCAAGUCCGACCGUUGGAGAAACAGGGGGAAAAGGAGAGUAGGAAGUUGUGGGAGGGUGUUACGAGUAGGUUGUUGGGGAAGGAGUUUUCGGAUGCGACUCGGGAGAAGGUUAUGAUUGAGCAGAGGCAGAGAGAUGAAGCUGCUGAGAGGAAGAGGAAGGGCGUUGAAUUCGUUCCCAGAUUCUUCGAGGCGGAUAUAGAAUCGGGUAUACCGGUGCUAACCGAGGAAGGCAAGAAGGCUGUUGAGGAGGAGAUGACGGAAGAUAACUAA